AGUGUAGAAGGGUCAUAUGACCCUUCAUAUGACCCUUCGACCCUUCAUACGACCCUUCGACCCUUCAACCCUUCAUAUGACCCUUCGACCCUUUGUACAACCCUUCAUACGACCCUUCGACCCUUUGUACGACCCUUUGACCCUCAUACCACCCUUCGUGGGACCCUUCGUGGGACCCUUCGACCCUUCAUGGGACCCUUCAUACGACCCUUCGACCCUUCAUGGGACCCUUCAUAUGACCCUUCCACAAAGGCUCGAAGGGUGGUAUGA